GUGAGUCUGUUGAAUAAUGAAAGAAUUUGCCUGACAGGGUUUUGUAGUGUUUCGUCUUCUUGAUGAAUUAUUUUAGAGGCUAGAUGACAAUGCAUUGGAAUGACUCAUCCAAUUCCUCAGAAAGUGACAAUGAAGCUCAUUCAGCCUUCACACAGACUGAGCACAACAUAGUUGCAGCUUACUUAAUAACAGCAGGAGUGAUAAGCAUUUUCAGUAACAUUGUUGUGUUAGGCAUCUUUGUUAAGUACAAAGAGCUUCGGACAGCAACCAACGCAAUUAUUAUCAACUUGGCUUUUACUGAUAUUGGUGUUAGUGGCAUUGGUUACCCCAUGUCUGCUGCCUCAGACCUGCAUGGAAGCUGGAAAUUUGGAUAUACUGGAUGCCAGAUCUAUGCUGCCUUAAAUAUCUUUUUUGGGAUGGCGAGUAUUGGUUUGCUGACUGUUGUUGCUGUUGAUCGUUACCUGACCAUCUGCAGGCCUGAUAUAGGAAGAAGAAUGACCACCCGUAGCUAUGCCACUCUCAUCCUUGCUGCUUGGAUAAACGCAGUCUUCUGGUCUUCCAUGCCUACUGCAGGCUGGGCCAGCUACGCUCCCGAUCCCACCGGAGCAACGUGCACAGUAAACUGGAGGAAAAAUGAUGCGUCCUUUAUUUCCUACACAAUGAGUGUAAUUGCUGUUAAUUUUGUUGUGCCCUUAACAGUCAUGUUUUACUGUUAUUACAAUGUUUCCCGGACAAUGAAACAAUAUGCCAGCAGUAACUGCCUGGAGAGCAUUAAUAUAGAUUGGUCUGACCAAGUAGAUGUGACAAAGAUGUCUGUUGUGAUGAUUAUAAUGUUCUUGGUGGCAUGGUCUCCAUAUUCUAUUGUGUGUUUGUGGUCUUCCUUUGGAGACCCAAAGAAAAUUUCUCCUGCAAUGGCCAUCAUAGCUCCUCUCUUCGCAAAAUCUUCCACAUUCUAUAAUCCCUGCAUUUAUGUCAUUGCAAACAAAAAGUUUCGGAGGGCAAUCCUGGCAAUGGUGCGAUGUCAGACAAGGCAAGAGAUAACCAUAAACAAUGCUUUGCCCAUGAGUGUGUCUCAAAGUGCACUGACAUCGCAGAACUCCAGUCAUUUGCCUGCAUAAGUUGCAUG